UGCUCCAUAUUACGCAGCGGUGCGGAAAAGCUUACGGGCCUUCACCACCACCCCCGUCGACAAUAUGCUAACUGAAUCUGGACUCCCUAGCAUAAAUGAGAGAAUCGAAUACAUGACUGCAAGCCUUAUAUACAAAAUUUUAUGCUGCAAUAACAGCCACCUCUUUGACGAAAUACUUAAAGCUUCCAAUCGAAAGUAUCUUCCAAAGCGGCUCUCAGCGAUACACCGUGUACUGAUCACUGCCAAGAAAUUAAAUGUAUCAGUUAAACCAACUCGGAAAGUGUAUCCAAACUACCCGCCUUGGCUGCUGUCAGACUUAUCAAUUGAAACCCGUUUACAAACAUUUCAGAAGCAAAACACCUGUCCACAACUUUACGCGCAAAAUUUUCUGGAAUAUAAAGCUGAGCUAAGUCAAAAAGCAUUCAACUUUAUUUUUACCGAUGGUUCGAAAACCAAAUUUUCAACCUCAUUUGCAGUAGUCUCUGAAAACCUUGAUGUUUUAAGAAAAGGUAUCCUGCCUAAUCAUUGCUCCAUCUACACCAGUGAAAUCUUUGCUAUCUAUCAAGCCGCCUUAAUUGCAUCGAAAACCAAGGACAAUUUCUGCAUUUGUACUGACAGUCGGUCUGCCAUUGAUGCCCUCUGGAAAUUCAAAAAGGACAGCGUUCUAGUAACCCACACCAGGGAUUUGCUAAUUAAACACAAAAACAAAAUUAAAUUGAUUUGGAUUCCUGGCCAUUGUGGCCUCCAAGGCAAUGAACUAGCUGACUCUGUUGCGAAGAGUCUUCAUAAUGACCCAGUUAUCUGUUUUGACACUUUUGAAAAGGCCGAUUUGUCGAGACAUGUACGGCGGUAUAUUAACAAUAAAUCCUUACUAAAGUGGAAAGAAUAUGUUCACCAUUAUGCAGAUAUUAAUCCAACAAAAAUUAGGCCUACUUUUCCUUCCGAUGCUAAACAGUCAGACAUUCUCGUUUUCACAAGACUUCGUUUGGGCCACACGCAGAUCACUCACGGACAUCUUCUUAGUCAUGGAGUAUCAUCAUGCAACGUUUGCGGGGCAAUGAGCACAUCUGUGAAGCAUAUCUUGGACAUCUGCCCUCGUUUUUCUAUUCAAAGGCAACGGAUUUUUGGCUUGACUGUUCCAUCACAACUUCUCUCCGACACUGCAGCACUUAACAUAAGCAAGAUAUCUAGUUUUAUAGCCUCAUACAACCUAUCUCAUUUAAUUUAGUUAACCUUAACUGUAUAAUAUUUGUAAUCCAUAAACGAAAUGUAAAUUAGUAUUCUUUUGUAAAACCAGCUGAUGGCCUCGAGCUA